GGGCACUUUUGGCGGGAAGUUGGUUUAGCUGGGCUACUUGCAGCCGUUCGGGUUCUGAAUCCGCGCCUGGUCUCUCUCCGGAAGCUUCUCAGUCUUCACUCUAUGAUCUUGAUGUAGGACCUAGUACCAGUCCGCACGGAAUACGCCAUGGCUUCCAAGAAACGCCCAGAAACCCAGAAGUCCCCUGAGGUCGUGCGCCUCAGGAGCAGGAGGAGCAGAAGCCCCCGGGAGCUGGAGCCUCAGGCCAAGAGGCUCCGUGUGAAGAGCUCCGGUUCUAGUAGGAGAGGUGACUCAGGCUGCCUUUGGGCAGGGCUGGCUAGCCUGCAAGUCCCACCACCGUGCAGCAGCAUCAUCAGGGACCUCUACCGGCAUAAGUUGGGUGAAGCUGCCUGGCCUUCACUACAGCAGGGUCUCCAGCAGUCCUUUUUGCACUCUCUGGCUUCUUACCAGAUAUUCCAAAAAGCUGCGCCCUUUGACAGGAGAGCUACAUCCUUGGCAUGGCACCCGACUCACCCCAGCACCCUGGCUGUGGGUUCCAAAGGAGGAGAUAUCAUGCUCUGGAACUUUGGCAUAAAGGACAAACCCACCUUCAUUAAAGGGAUUGGAGCUGGAGGGAGCAUCACUGGGCUGAAAUUUAAUCUUCUCAAUACCAACCAGUUUUUUGCCUCCUCAAUGGAGGGAACAACUAGGCUGCAAGACUUUAAAGGCAACACUGUCCGAGUUUUUACCAGCUCAAACACCUGCAAUGUCUGGUUUUGCAGCCUGGAUGUGUCUGCCAAAAGCCGAGUGGUCGUCACAGGAGAUAAUGUGGGGCAUGUAAUCCUGCUGAACACAGAUGGCAAGGAGCUUUGGAAUCUCAGAAUGCAUAAAAAGAAAGUGACUCAUGUGGCUCUGAACCCCUGCUGUGAUUGGUUACUGGCCACAGCCUCUGUAGAUCAAACAGUGAAAAUCUGGGACCUGCGCCAGGUUAGAGGGAAAGCCAGCUUCCUCUUCUCGCUGCCACACAGGCAUCCUGUCAACGCAGCUUGUUUCAGCCCAGAUGGAGCCCGCCUCCUAACUACUGACCAGAAGAGUGAGAUCCGGGUUUACUCUGCCUCCCAGUGGGACUGCCCCCUUGGACUUAUCCCCCACCCUCACCGUCACUUCCAGCACCUCACACCUAUUAAGGCAGCCUGGCAUCCUCGGCACAACCUCAUUGUUGCAGGCCGUUAUCCAGAUCCUAGUUUCAAAAGUUGUGCCCCCUAUGAACUGAGGACGAUUGAUGUAUUUGAUGGAAACUCAGGGAAGAUGAUGUGUCAGCUCUAUGACCCAGAAUCUUCUGGUAUCAUUUCGCUCAAUGAAUUCAACCCAAUGGGGGACACACUGGCCUCUGCCAUGGGUUAUCACAUUCUCAUUUGGAGCCAGGAGAAAGCUGGGCCACAGAAAGAAAAUGAAAGACAAUGAAGAAGGUGUGGGCCAAGCCAUACCUUGGAGCCCACAAAUGGGAACAAGUUCUGCGAGAAGAGACAGCUAUUUGUUAAUGGGCCAAAAGUACUCAAGUAUUAGGGUUGAAGCAGGGCAUUGUUGCAUGGGGCACUGAGACUAGAAUCCUGGCAUAGCACUGCUCUGGACUUAGCUCUGGAAACUUAGGGUGACACAGCUGCCUUAAGGGUUCCUGCUAUGUCUAGCCUGGAGCCAAGGUACUUUUCUCCCUCUUUUUUUUAACCCCCUUUUGGUAUUAGGGUUUCCCCCCCUUUUGGUGUUAGGGCCUUGUGCAUGCUAGGCAAGUGCUCUACUGCUGAGCUGUAUUUCCAGCUACAUUUUCCCCUCUGAUGUGUGGUGGCAGAAUGAUCAGGUAGUAUUUUUUUGUUUGUGCUCACUGUUGACAUAGCCAAUAAAACCACACCCAACUGAGCUUGCAAGUAGAUAUAGCAUUGACCUGGUCAAAGGGCUCCUUGAGCUUAAGCGAUGAAGAAAAGGCACAGAACCAGCACUCACAGUCCAAAACUUCAUUCUCAGAGCUGCCUCAGGCCGAUUCUGGGCUACAGUCAAGAGCCUGCAUUUACCCCAGGUUCCCAGAAAGCCCAGCCCAGCUGAUAGGGAGAAUAAUUUCCUAAUUCUUUAAGAUUUAUUCCUCCCCUAACUCCCCUCAUUCCC